AUCUUUGGUUGAGCUCUUGCUGCUUCAGCUGUCACCACUGAGGUAUAAUAAGAACGGCUGUCACUGUGCUCAACCCCCUUUCUUUCUCUUCUCAUGCUGAGGGAACAUGGGGUUGAUCACCGGAGUUAUUGCGUUCUUUUACCACUUACCUCAAAUAUACAAAUGGCUAUUCAAGCCUUAUUACAUCUUGUCUAUAUUGAUGUCCUCCGCAUUCCUCAUACUUCGCAAGUGUCCGGGACUUUGCGAAAACCUCAACACAGAACGGGAGGACGGGAACCCAUGCGACUUUGACUGGAGAGAAGUGGAGAUUCUUAUGUUUCUCAGUGCGAUUGUCAUGAUGAAGAACAGAAGAGCCAUCACAUUAGAGCAGCAUGCAGGGAACCUGUUUAUGUUCAGUAAGGUGGCCAACGUCAUCCUCUUCUUCAGGCUGGACAUCAGACUAGGCAUCUUCUACUUCGCUCUGUGUAUUGCAUUCCUCAUGACCUGUAAACCACCACUCUACAUGGGCCCAGAGUACAUCAAGUACUUCAGUGAAAAGACCAUAGAUGAGGAGCUGAAUCAUGAUACUCGCGUGACGUGGAUCGUUGAGUUCUAUGCUAACUGGUCUCCCCAGUGUCAGUCCUUCGCCCCCGUCUUUGCCGACCUUUCCCUCAAGUAUAACUGUGCAGGACUGCGGUUUGGGAAGAUAGACGCUGGCCGGUACGGAGAGGUGGCUCAGAGGUACAAGGUUAGCACCUCCCCUCUGGCCAAGCAGCUCCCCACAUUGGUGCUUUUCCAGUCAGGGCGGGAGGUCAUGAGACGUCCAAUGGUGGACAAUAAGUGUCGAGCAGUGUCCUGGACUUUCAGCGAGGAGAACAUCAUCCGCGAGUUCAACUUGAACGAACUCUUCGAGGCAUCAAAGAAGAUAAAGGGUCGUGGUGAGAACAGCCCCUUACCACCAGAGGGCAGCAAAGAGCCUCAACCUGAACCGGACACCCCAGCAGAGAGCAAGAAAGACCAGUAGCGACUAAGGGAGAACAGGGACUAGAUUCCUCUACCAGUCGUGCACACAGUUCACUGCUAGUCAUAUAAUCUGCCCUUGUCUGUUAUAUCGCUGUUGUAUUAUCAGACUACUAGUAUAAGUUAAUUCAAGACCUUGGGCAGAAUGAGCCAUCUAAAACGGAAACAUCUAACCGUCCUAAUUAUUGUUGCCUUAAGGUCCAAUGCAGCAGUUCAAUAGAUUAAGAUUAUUCUGCGUAACAAUGAAGCACCUAAAUUGUGAUCAAUUUAAAACAAAAUGGUUUUUUAAAAAAAUAGCAAAAUUCUUGCUUGAGAAAUUUCUAAGACUUUCUGGAAGUGGUUUGAGUGGGGAAGGGAAAACUAGUUAUUGGUACCCCACCCCACAUAGCCUGGUUCCUCUCUAGGUUUCUUCCUAGGUUUUGGCCUUUCUAGGGAGUUUUUCCUAGCCACCGUGCUUCUACACCUGCAUUGCUUGCUGUUUGGGGUUUUAUAGGCUGGGUUUCUGUACAGCACUUUGAGAUAUCAGCUGAUGUACGAAGGGCUAUAUAAAGAAAUUCGAUUUGAUUUUGAUUUGGUAAAGGUUUGGAACUAAUUUACCACAUGGUGAUGUCACCAUGGAAGGCCAAAACUCCCUCCCAUCAAAACAGGCUGAAAUUACAGUAAUUCUUUUCAAACAGCUCCGACACUAAAAGGGCAUUAACAUUAUUUUCACAAUAUUAUUCCAACCUCAGUGUGGAAAUAUAUAAAACACAGGAAAAUCAAGUUGGAUUGCACUGGGCCUUUAAAUGAUUUAAAUGAAAAUGCCUUACACUACCAUCUCACUCAUUCAUCCAUAUUAGUUAAACUGACAGUUUGUAGGCUAUAAUCUGUUCUGCCAAAAGUGAAAUAAAACCCUUCAAUGCUCUGAGA